GACUACCACUUGCACUGUAGCUGAUGAUACACAUCAACUAUUAACGAUCUUUACCACAAGACUCCAUAAUGGCUGCUGAUGAACUUAAAGUUAGAUCUGAGAAGUUGAGGAAGGCUGGCCUAGCCAUAGCCGGCAUUAUGGGAGGCGUGAUCUUUGGUAUUGUCGCCCUCACUGUUCCAUUCGUGCUACCAGCUCUGAGGAAGUACUGUCUCCCCUAUGUUCCGGCCACCCCCAUCCAGACAGAGACAGUCUUGCGUCACAUCCGAGGGAGGGCUGGCAGAGUUGUGGACCUGGGCAGUGGAGAUGGACGAGUGUGUAUAGCAGCGGCCAAACAGGGAAACUUUGCAGUUGGUUACGAGCUCAAUCCAUGGCUGGUGUGGUACUCUAGGUGGAGGGCUCUCUUGAGUGGAGUGAGACAAACAACUGAGUUCCAUAGGAGAAAUCUGUGGAAGGUUGAUCUAGGGGAGUACAGUACUAUCAUUAUCUUUGGUGUGGAUACAAUGAUGGAGCCACUGUGGACAAAGAUAUCCAAGGAAGUGCUCUCCAAGCAGACGCCCCUGAGGGUCAUAGCAUGUCGUUUCCCACUCCAUCAACAAACUCCCACCAUCAGCCACGAAAUGGGACCUCACAGUGUUUGGGUGUACGACUAUUUUACAAUGUAAUGUCAUUUUGUCCAUUCAACUCGAGGGCGUUCUUUAUGAAGUCACCACCCAUGUGGACUAGA